AAUAAGUUUGGUAGAGCAGAUUCUCGUGCGAGAUAUUAACGGCCUAGUCUAACUGAGGAAACAAUUCUCUGUAUAGGAAAUCGAAGAGCGCGUUUCUACACUGUGAAUAUAAGCAGACAGCUUUUGGUUGUGAGAACGUAUGGUCAACUUUUACUGUUUUCUGUAUCGGACUUGGAAAUAAUGAUUUUGGAUACUUAUUUUUAAUUGAAGUUUUUACGUUGAAUGACUAGUAUAGUGGACACGCAAAGUGUGUAUUUUCUUUUCAAUGAAGAAAGAUUGAAUUAUAAUAAUAUAAAAGAUGUUAAAAUUGUAAUAAAAAUUAACAUCGAAGAAACGAAACAGUAAAUAUUUUUGUGAAAUUAAAUACAAUGGAUAAAACUUGAAACAUUGGAUAUUAUUGAUAGCAUUUAUGGAAAAGGACAUACUUAUACUUUAUCUAAACAAAGAUUCGAGUUAUCAUCAUUUUUGGAUUUAUUGUGUGCAAGGAAGAAUAAUAAGAAUGUUGACUUUUGGAGGACGAAACCUGAAAUAGAUUAUUUUCAAUGUUUGGAUCGCAGAUAAGGAACUUCUAGUCACAGCAAGAAAAACGAUGGCAUCUCAUAAUGACGUCAUAGCAUGGAAGCUAUAUUUGGAAAUCGAAUGUCUCGCGAUUCACAUGAACUGAAUAUAUCAAAUUUAUAAGGACAUUUGCAAUGUGUUCCUUUAGACAUUCCAAUACAUUCAGUUUGAAACUAUUGCAUUUACGCCUAGAUCUGAGUGCUAUAAAUCAGCGCCAGUUCUUGUUAAACUAGAUCUUUCUAUCGGAAUAUUCAACAUGGAGUCAGUAACAAUGUUAACGGAAGCUAGCAACGCUAGUAACGUCACGACAAACGUCACAAUUGUUGUAGGCGGACCACAAAUAUGGAGUAUAGAACAUCUGAUAGUGACGUCUGUGAUUUUGGGUCUAAUGAUUUUGUGUACAAUUAUCGGCAAUGUGUUUGUUAUAGCAGCUAUAAUCUUAGAGAAGAAUCUGCAUAGUGUAGCAAAUUAUUUGAUACUUUCACUUGCUGUCGCAGAUUGCAUGGUGGCUUCCAUUGUUAUGCCAAUCAGCGCCGUUAAUGAGGUCAGUCAGCAGUGGUUCAUGCGUGCUGAGAUUUGCGACAUGUGGGUGUCGAUGGACGUUUUAUGUUGUACCGCCUCAAUACUCCACCUAGUCGCCAUCUCCAUCGACAGAUAUUGGGCCGUUACUAAUAUAGACUAUAUCCGGAAUAGAACGGCUAAAAGGAUUCUAAUCAUGAUUGCGAUUGUUUGGUUUGUUGCCAUGUCAAUUUCAAUCCCUUCCAUCUUUUUGUUUAAAGACGAUAACGACCCAACAAUUACAGGCAUCUGUAUGAUUAGUCAAAAUCAUGUUUACACGAUAUUUUCAACAGUCGGAGCGUUUUAUUUACCGACAGUUCUCAUGUUAAUCAUUUAUGCUAAAAUCUUCGUCGUUGCUAGACAAAGGAUUCGUAAAAAGCGGUUUGCUCAGAAAAAGCAAUUUCAGCAAAAACAGAAGAAUAGAGAGUCUAGUCCGACAUGUAAUAACACGACGGAAAUGACUCUGUUAACAGUUCCGCGGAAGGAUUCCCCGGUGUCACGCUCGGAAAUAUCCGAAAUGCCGUUAAACGGAAGUAGCGGUAGCGGUGAACACGAUGACAAUGAAAAUAAGUGCAAGACCAACGGCCAUCUUGACUCGGCGCAGACGGCAAUGUUGCCAAAAACAAGCCAUGAAAUAUUGAAGGCCAAAAAACAGAAAGAAAAACUAGAAAUGAAACGUGAAAGAAAGGCGGCACGAACUUUAGCUAUAAUCACUGGUGCAUUCAUAAUUUGUUGGCUGCCAUUUUUUAUUCUAGCCAUAAUGGCGCCAUUCAUUCGCUCGCAAGUACACAUCCCUUUGCUAGUAGAAAGCAUAACUCUCUGGCUUGGAUAUUGCAACAGUUUACUCAACCCCAUAAUUUACACGGUGUUUAAUCCGGAGUUUCGUAUCGCCUUCCAAAAGAUUCUUUUCGGAAAAUAUGCUAGAAAGUACAGACGAAACACAAGAUGAAAUAUAUUUAGUGUAUUUGACUACACUAAUAUGCCUUCCAACCUCUGUUAUCUAAGCAAUAAUAACUGUUAUAUUUUCCGAAUUAAUAUGUUGUACUAGAUGGAGUAUAUUCGUCUGCAAAAAAUAGCGCGUGAACGGCGCGAGACAAAGUAAGAAACGGAGAAUGUUAUCAGAAUGGUUGAGCAAUAUAGGGGGUGAGAAGGAACAUUUAAUGUCCUUUUCCGAGAAUGUCUUUCAAUCCAGAUCUGUUGUACACAAAGACGGACUGGUGUACCAUACAAGUGUGUGUUAUCAUGUGUGAUUUACUGUGUAAAUAAGUGCAAACCAUUCUAAUUGAUAGUGUUUUAAUCAAUCUAUACUUAAUUAAGUAAUUUAAAAUGAUUGUUUUUAAAUUGAUAUCUUAAAUUGAUAUAUUUUUAUGAUGUACGAUAAUGCACCGCUUGUUCCAAAGUAACUUUUCGGUAAAGAUUGUAUAAAUAUUAUUUUUGACUCACAUAUUUCAGUUUUAGCUAAAGAAACAACUUGUAUUAAAAAAACACUGAUUUGUGAUUGAUUACACUUAAACUUAAGAUACUAAUUACUUUAAUAUAGAGGUGAAGUACAAACUCAUGUUAGCUAUCAAUCGGUGAUUUGUAGUCAUGCAUUUAUUAAUAUGCAAAUGUUAGUGUAUUGAAUUUAAAUUUCAAAACUAUAUAUUUUCAGAUAUCAAGCUAAAACUUAUUUUUUGUUUUGUUUCGUAAACAAUUAGAUAUUUAAAAGUACAAUCACUACAAUUUGUUGUAUGAAACAAAAAUGAAAUUAAACUAGUUAUAUUAUGAAAUCGUAUGUUAUAAGCAAACCUGUAAAAUGUAAUAUGUGUUUUAUUUAUCGAAAUGAAAAUGAAGGAAAACUAGAUUAAGUAUUAUAUGUAAACACAUAUGUUUCCUUGCAUCAAAAAGAAAUUUAUAGGAAUAUUUGCAGAAUUUGUAUUACAUUUUGGUAAGAGUAUUAGAUACUUUUACAUGGUUGUACCUGAUACAAUGUAGGGAUAGAAUAAUACACUGAAAGUGACCUGUCAAUUAAAGGCAUUUAUAGGAAGAUUUUACGAUGUUUUAUAUCCUCAUUUAUUUAAUCUUUAAUGACCAAUUUUAUACCUUUUGGCUUCUUUAUAUGUGAUAAUAUGAAAGAAAAUCUAUUAGUAGGGGUUAACCUGUGUGCGCAUUACUGAUAACAAACAUAAAUAUCUACUAAAUUGAAUUUUAAUUGCAUCUUUACCCAAAUAAUAAUAUCAUUAGUAAUAAAAAAAUUAUUGAUAACGAUUUAGUUAAUUACCGUAGUUAGGAUAUAACUGCACAAAAAAUCUUCCUAUAUGUCCCUUUGACAUGUACAGUACUCGCAUUAUUUAUAUUAUUUUAUCAAUUAUAACAAAAGAUCACGAUUGGGAAGUUAUAAAACACAGACACCGAUGUUGUGACAUGACCUAUUAGUAAUAUAAAUGUAGUAUUUGUUUUAUUUAUUGAAUUGUUUGUUUUUACUUUUUACAAUUUUUGUCAAAAUGCACACUACGAUGAAUCUCACUCGCCUCUUUCAAUACAUGUAUAUAAUAGUUUUGUGAUGUCACUGUGUUUACCCUUGGUCAUAACGUCUGUUUUAAAAUCACCCAUAACUAAUAGCAAAAUUUCAACGUCAUAAAUUACAUGUUUGAAUCAUUUGUUAAGUUGGUAAUUAACUAAGUAUGCUAAGUAACUGCAAAUUAAUAUAUCAAUCUUUAAGUAAUGCACUGCUUUAAAAUAAUGCUGUUUCUUACAUUUUUACCUUUUACGUGAUACUUCCGAUUAUGAUCCUACCUGAACAUCAGGGUAAACUUCCGUUCGCCAAGCUCUGUAUAACAGAAAAUUUCCUUUUUGGGUUCCCUUUUUCUAAGAAUGUGACUGCCAUUAAAAUUUUAUUACUGAUAUUGUAUUAACGACUAUAUUAUAGUCUAAAGUUCUGUUCUGCGCUUUAACCAUGGCUUAAAAUGUAUACGGAUAUAUUAUGUCUUAAACGUUCAUUUGACCGUAUCUGGUGGGAGAGUGAUAUUUCACCCGGUAUUGUAAUGCAUAUUCGAAAUUUUGGAUUUUGGCUUAACGUGUUAUUAUUAAGAAGUGAUCACUUUUGUUGAAAUGCACUUUUCGUAUUUUAAUGUACGGAUAUAAUUUGCACAAGGUAAGUAAUGGUGGUAACUUCCGGUUUUGAACCCACGUCUGGAUGAAGAGUUACGUCCCUUUCGUCUUAAUACACCAUUCUAGGGAUAGAGAACAUUUACCCUCUCUUUACAAGACCAAAUCGGCAUCGUUAACACUUUAAAGAUAAUUUCCUCCCCUUUCAGGACAAAAAUGCUUGUAUGCGAGAGACAGGAAUUCUUCCGCUUGUCAUUCAUGUAUAGGGCAGAGAAUAACUACCUUUUCUGAGAAUGGCGGACCGUUAAAGUAAAUGAUAAACUUAUUUGAUAUGAUAAUGCUUCCAUAUGAACCGCCGUGUGCUGGAAAAAUGCUUUACAAUUAACAAUUUCCCCAAGUGUAUCACAAAUAAUCAUUUAAUCAAGCUUCUGCAACCGUGUUUAUUUCCUUCUUUAAAAAUUGCUUUCCAGUAGGAAUUCGACAUAAAAUAGUGAUCCAGGUUUGAUGCAGGUUAAUUGAAUUUACAAAGUAAUAAUAUAAUGACAGUUUGAUUUUUUCUCAUCAAUACGCGUACAAACCUUUAAAGCGUCCUUAAAAUUACAAUGACGUCAUAUCCGACAUAUAUUUGUCUGAUUUUUCUGAAUGUUUCAGACUUGUCUAUUUCUACAAGAAUGAAUAAAUGCUAAACAAAAUAUUUAAUAUUUUCUACUUUAGACAACUUGCUAUUCACUGUAAUAAAUAUUUUUAUCCGCCAUAUUUAUGCAUAAAAUGGAAUUUGUCUAUGCUAGAAUAUAUAACAAAAAUAAUAGGAAAGAAGGAACAAAAACGGUAAAAUUAAGUAUCAAUUUGAUACAUUCUUUUCUAGCAUGAUGCCUAAAACAAAAUACUUUUGAUGCUUUAAAUAUGCAAAUACGGAGGACAUAUAUAUGGGUCUUGGACAGGCCUGUCUCAAUCAUUUGUUGAUUAAAUAGGAAAAUAAUAAUAUUUAUAAAAAGAUGUUGUGUCGAAUGAAUAUUAUACUACCAAAUCAGAUUUUUCAAAUAAUUUCAAAUAUAUGCAUAGUUAGAACGCUAAAUAUUUAUGUCUUUAAAAUCAUCAUCAUUAUUAUUUAAAAUACAUUAUUUCCCCAUUAUUUUCAGUUUCUGGUUAAAAAGUAUGUGUUAUUGUAACCAAGAAUUAUCAUACAUUUUUAAAUACAUUAUUCAUAACAUACAGUCUAAACAACACAUUGCAGGUCUCUUCCAAACAUAUCAUUAUAUUUUUAUUUAAAAGAAAAACAAUCUGUUAAAAAGAUUCACGUAUGCAAAAUUCACAAACAAACAAAAAUCAUUCUUCCGUAUUUUUCCUGUUAAGGUUUUAUGUUUUAUUUUCUGUCCGUUGAACGGCCGUAUAGCAGUUUUCAAGGGGAACAAAUCGUGCAUGCAUUUCAUAAUUAUCACUUAAAUAUCUUCUCUCACAAUCAACAGAACAUUCAAAACAAAUACUAAUAUAAACAGCAAAUAAAGAAUAACUCAUUUAUUUGACUUGCUACAAUCUGAUUUAUAUGGUUUUAUACAUUUAUGCAAAGCCAUUUUAUACAUAUUUUGAUUUGUAAGAAAUAAUUAUAAUCUUUAAAUAAGUUUACAUAAUGUAUGAAAAGAAAUAAUUCCAUACAAAUAAUGAUGAUAAAAUGAUUUUCAUAAACUUUUUAUCUAGGUCAUCUUGCAAACACGCAGAUUCAUUUUGAGUCCUUUACUUUUUUAAAUAUUAUCGUAAACACAGACGUUCCAUUGCAUGACAAAUAUAAAUAAACGAAAGUAUUUUUUAUUUUCGACAGUAAUUUGUUUACGCUGUGAUCACCAGUGAACAUUUUUACUAUCGCUGUUUUAAUUAACAUAUAUUUUGUUUUCUUCAUUUUUAAAUAUCAUUAAACAUGAGAGUGUAUAUUCAUUUUGCUCACACUAACCUUACAAAGUAAACUAAAUAUUUCUGUUACAUGUUUUGUGAAUAUUUCGCAUAUUAUAUCACUUAAACGCUUAUUUGUUUAAAUAUUGAAUACGGGAAACUUUUAAAGAACGGAAGUCAUUUAUCGACCAUGCAUGCGAUCAAGAUUUGCAUCCAUUAUUUCCAUUCAAACAUUUCACAUCAAAUUACUAUUUUGUAUCAACCAUUAUAAAACUAUGUACUCGUUUCCGUAGAAACAUUGUUUUAAUAUUACGAAUUCCAUUUUUGUUGUUUUCGUUUAUUUAUUUAGUAAACAAAUAAGAUUAGGUUAUAUUUGAUAUUGUUAUUAUCAUAUUAAAAGUUAAAUGUACAUAUAAUCGUUGCAUAUGUCGUACAGUGUAAUGCAAUGUUUUUAAUCAAAAUGUCUAAUA